AUGCGCCAAGGAGAGUCGGUGAUUACAUUACAGAAUGUUAGGGUUUUGCUUGGACUCAGAGGGGAUGGCGAUGCUGUCACAGGUAGCGACGACUUCGACUGGCCAGGGAAGUGUGAAGCAUUGCUGGGUCAAGUUCCUCACAUGAGGGGUGAAAGGAUCAAGCUUGAAUGGUUGAGAAACAAUUACAUGAAUGUUCCGAUCGAUGAGAUCGAGGAGAUCGUCAAGAUGUAUGCCCGUGCAUACAUACUUCACAUGAUAGGUACUAUUCUUUUCCCGGAUUCCACGAAGGAUUCGGUGCACGUGAGGUGGUUGCCACUCCUGGAGGAUCUUGUGGAUUAUGGAGGAUUAUCAUGGGGGAAUGCCGUGUUAGCGUAUCUGUAUAGGGAGAUGACCAACGUGGCUCUUGUUCAAAACAAAGAAUUCAAGGGUUGUCUCACUCUGCUACAGAUAUGGUCUUGGGAGAGAUUGCAUUUGGGUUGCCCAGAUUUGAGAGAGGCACGUGCUCUCGAUGGCCAUACUUCGUUAGGCUGCAGAUGGAAUGUCAAGUGGAUGCCAUAUGAACUAGUUUUAGAGUCACUACCAGAUAUAUGCAGAGAAGAGCCGGAUGUAUGGCGUGCUCGCGUCCCGAUCAUAUGUUUUGAGAUUGUCGAGAUGCACGUGCCCGACCGUGUGCUCCGACAAUUUGGGCUACAACAACAUAUCCCGAACCCUGUGGAGAUAAUAGAGAGAAAUCCCAGAAAAGGUGCACAUCGUCAAGAUUGGGAACAUAUUCACAGUGCUUACAUCGGGAGGUGGGAUUACAGGGAAGAACAAUUGGUGAUGGAGAAGGCCGACACACCUGACCUAGGUGUGUAUUUGCGAUGGUAUUGGGGGAUUACUCGCCGGUGGUAUUUCAGGAGAACAAAACCCCUAAGGAGUACAUACCAAGAGGCCCAGUUGAGAGAGAGAGUUGUUGAGAUGUUUGAUAGGAUGUUUGCGUUUGAAACUAAAUAUUAUGUGAAUUGCAUGGCAGCAGCAGCAAGCGAGCAGCAGCAGCAGCAUAUCUCAACAUCCCAGCAAUCGCACCCCAACACCAUCCCAACAUCCUCAGCCUCCACAGCAGCAAGCGAUCUCCCGUUUCCCUCCAACAUCGACGCUCCACUCCGAGCCCCCGGCCUCGAUCCCUCCACCUCCAGCAGCAGCAGCAGCAGCAGCAGCAGCACCAUCAGCCCUCGGCCGUCAGCUCUUCGUCCUCUCCGUCGCCGCCGCGGCCGCGCCGCGCCCUCCCGCUGCCGCGCACCACCUGCAGAUCCAGCAGCAGGCAGCGCAAGGCGGCGGCGGUCAGGCAGGGGGCAACCUCCGUGGAGGUGCGAGAUGGCGCAUCAGGACGCGAUGAAGGUUUGCAAUCCCGAUGUCAAGAGGCCCUUUGCUUCCGUUGAGGACGCUGUGAUCAGGUUACUCCCUUAUCAUGUCGUAUCAGACUUUGAAGCAGAAGAAGAUGACCGAAUCCUCGACAGUGACACAACAGGACAAGUCCCCUCUCGCCUGCAGCAAUGGGAUCAUAACAUCCUCGCAAAAAUUGCUGAGUUCACUACCACUUUCGAGAAGCAAGUCCUCGCUUUCAACAUAAUGUCUCGAAAAAGAGCCCUUGGCGAAUUCAGAUCAGAAGAAAGGCUCAUGAUCGAGCAAGCCCUCCUCCAAGAAGAAAAGCAAGCCAUACUUGAAAUCAGAGCAGAGAUGGAGUCAAGAGAGAGAGCCAACAGAGAAGCAGCAGAGGCCAAGAUGAGGAUGGCAAUGGCUCAGGCUGAGCAGGCUCGGGCUGAGGCCCAGGCCCAUGCUGAGAUGAUGGCCCGAGCACCGCCGAUGAGGGCGAGCGCUAUGGGAUCUCAUGGGGAUAGUGGUUCUGGUGGUCAUGAUGUUGGAUCUGAGCAAGGAGGCAAUAUGGAAGAGAUGAUGCAUGGUUGGAGAAAUAGUAGUAAUAAUAAUAAUAAUAAUAAUGAUAACAAUGGGCAGAGGGAUGAUGAGGAGCCAUCAGAGGAUUUCUUGAAUGAUGAGAAUGAGAAUGAGAAUGGAGAGGAGGCUGGAUCACAAGAAGACUUCGAUUUGAACACUAGAUGAUGCUGUUUCGAAGCGAUAUCAAGAGGAAGGUUAGAAAUUAGCAGAAAUGAUGGGUUAUACUGUUAUUUCUUCUUGUGCAUCAUGGCUGUGUUGCUCUAUCGGAUGGACUUCAUGGUUGUCGGAAAAGUUUAUAAUAUUGAUGUAGAAUUGUUUGUUUACAGGGGGGCUUAGAUUCUCUUCAAUUGCAUCUCAUACUUUGAGCUAACAAAGUUCACACUGUAUUUGAGAUUUAA